CAAUGAAUUCUAUUCGAGUCGAUCAACGCGGCAUGCGUGGUAGCGAAUUCGUGCUAAAGGGAAGACUAACGAUUUUUCAUGUGCAUAUUUUAUUUGUAAAAUAUUUUAAUCAAUGAAAAUGUGAAUUAUUUGGUUGAUGAUAUCAAUUGGUGUUAUCUCUGCAUUCGGAUAUUUUCGAUAAAAAGUGCAACAAUAAAAAUGGAAUAGAACCAUGACGAUCCUACUGUACGACUACUGUGAGUUGGAGGAGAGGACAAAUCGCCGCCUCAAGGUCUGGAAGGUUUGGCAUUUAUUAUUAUUUGCAUUUGCUGCCGUGUUCGGAAUCGCCAAUUAUGUAUUUCUCCAAAAUGCUAUGGAAUUGGUGGACAACAAUUGCAUCCUCUUCCCGAGAGAAUUGGAGUUUCGGAUGGUCGAUUUGUCUGAAUUCCAGUUUCAAAUGAAUGAACUUAACGAAACAACACUCAAUGGAGGCAACAUAACCGAAACUGCUCAAGCUGGUGACGCCGUCCCAAAUUCUUCCGAAAAUGCCAAAAUAACAGCAAAGAGAGAUACAAACAAUGGCGUAGUGCACACUCUUGAAGCCUCCACAGUUUAUAUAAAUACUACCGGUAAUAAAACCCAUCACUUGAUGCUGGAUACUUCACGGACACUUUUUGAAGAAAACACCGCUUGCCAGUUCGCGGAGUACAUGCCUAUAUUAUCUACAAUAUUUGCAGCCGUUUGGAUGACCUUAUUCACCAUGUGUCCUGGUGGUGGACAUGCCCGAACAGGUCUACCGCAACCUUGGCGAAUACUAGCUCCCGCUCUUCUGUUUUCUCUGGUCAUGGUCGGCUUGACUGGCCAUAGUUUUACUACCACAAAUCGAGGACUGCAUGCAUUUUGUGAAGCUUUUUUCGAGCUAACAAAUACAACUACAUGCUCAUCCGUCAACUCCUACUUAGAGCGUGGAUGGAACGUCUCGUGGGGCAUAGGUGGUCGCAUAGCUGCCACUCGUGCUGCUAGUGCCGCAGUUUGGGCGAGCUGGGCGUGUGCUGCUGCUCUGUUCCUAGCGCGCUGCUUGGCCGCACCUGACUUCCAGGUUAAGCGGAUUGGAGUAUACGUCACUCAGGAUCCUCAAAGGAAAAUAACGCCAUACCUUAAAAAGUCACCGAGGAACAGGAAGCGUUCAAAUAACAGUUCACCGACUAAACGAGACAAUCUGUCGGUAAAAUCGGAGCCCACCAUCACAACAGAAUUGGUUACAGUGUCGGUGGAACACGGUCAAGACUCUGUUCCUACCUCGUUGAUGGCCACUCCAGUGAAAAGCCAACGUAACUCAGAUUUGAUUGAGAUGACGUACAAUCCCCAAGAACGGAUACAAGAAGAGUGAUUCCCAAAAUAAUUUUGUGUCAGCUACGCAAACAUCGCUACCGAAUUAAUAUUUGAUUCGUCUGUAUCUAUCUUAUCGUGGCUUCAGGCAUUCAGCAAUUGAAUAUUAAAAAGAAAUUUUUAAAAGUGAAAGGAGACGGGCGAAAUUGCGCUUGACUGUACACUUAUGAAACAUUUAUCAAUAUUCUUCUUUUAUUUUUAUAUCAGCCAUUAAAAAAUAUUAGAUUGUAUUACAAUGGGAAAAUAUUUUUUUUUUAUUAUGAUUAAGUAACUGACUUCCGGUAUCGGGAAUAUCAGGCUGUCUUUUAUUAAUGUAUAUUAUUAUUGUUAUUCGCUUUCUGUACUUCUGCGCAAGUGAAUGUUUUGGUUUGAUAUUUUUAUUUUAAUGACUACGGCUUUUCGAGAAUAUUUUGUCGAUUGCUGCUUUAAUGAACUACCCACGCUUAUUCAACAACCGACUUUGAUUUCUUGCUUGCUCGACUGAUUUUGCUUGUUCUAUCGGUUUCGAAAAGUAACGAUGAACCACCAACACCGUUAUGUUAAAUGUGGCAUAGCUACAUGGAAACUAAAUUGAAAACGAAAUAGUUCUUUCAAUAAUAUAAAAACAGUAUAAACUCAUGCCUGAUUCCAUGAAGGAGUAGAUAAAAGAAGAUAUGCAACCUACACUUCGUUUCAUCUUGCGAUAAGUACCUUUAUAUCGGUCCUCGUCUAUCCCAUACGAUAAUUUCAAUUCUGGUUAUUAUCUAAGCCAGCUGUUCAUUAGUCAACACGGCAAUCCAAUGGACAAUAAUUAGGUGUUGUGAACAUCUUGUGCUAUCGGGUAAACACAAAGAUAUUCACAGAAAAGUGUUUUUAUUCGCUAUAUUCUAUAGCGAUUAUUUCUUUACCCCCAUUGUAGAGACAGAUUUUUUUUCUAAUUUUGAAAUGGUGUUAUUAUUCCUAUAAAAUAAUGCAUAAAUCAUCUCUGUAACACCAAGCCCAAGGUUCUAUGAAGUUUCGCCCGUCUCCUUUACAUCUAAUUAAGUUAACAUUUAAUGUUAUCAAUGUCUAUUGCAAUUUGCUACAAUUUUGUCUUUAAUGUAAGUUCUGUGCAACAGAAUCUGCGACUGGAAAAUAUAAAAUUUUCUUCGGACCCGCUACGUGCUCAAUUUUGAUGACAAGUUCGAGAUACGUUCAUCUCGAUUAAUCACUUCUUUCUCAAUUUUUAAUAUAGAGUGAUAGAUGUACGUAAAUACCAUAUUUUUAUCGUUAUUUUUAUUUAUUAAUUAAGCUUAAUAUUACGAUAGGUAAGAACGGAUUUAUAUAUCUUGUUUUCUCAGCUUUUUAUAUAUAAUUUGAAACUAAUAAAAAAAUAAUAAAUGUUA